AAUAAAAAUAAUCCGAGGGAGACGCAAGUAACCUCAUAUUAUACUUCUUUCAACAUCACACAAUAUUUCAUACACCAACUCCAAAUAAUAAAAUAAAUAACAAUUCUAAUGAGGAAAUUUUAAAUUAUGUUACUUUUCGAAUCGCUAAAUAGAAUAACAACAUCUCUCAGUAAUUAUGUAGUCAGAAGGGAGUUUGCAACACAUAACAAUUCCGUAUCAAUUUUACAGCAAUUUUACAACAGAUUGUCAAUAAGGAAAAAAUACAUAAAAGCUAUAAAACGAGGAACCUUAAUUUGGGAUAAAGGACAAGUCAGGAUACCUCCGAUAAUAGCGGAAGGCUACGACCCUCCCAAGUACUGCUUAUUACCCAACGAGAAGCAUAGGAAUAACCAGUACAGGGGUAAAUUUGAGAAUUUAACGGCCAAAAAGGUCUCAUUCUACGAUUAAUCUAAUGUUUUACACUAUUCAUAUUCUGAAAUAUUAUUAUUUACCAAUGUGUAAAUAUAUGUACAAGUAGCAGAGUCUU